AUGGAUAAUAACAUUUUUAGUUUUAAUUCCCCAUUAUUCUCGUCUACUACACAUCCUCAUUAUUCUACAUCAAAAUCAUCAGUAAAAAUUCAUGAAGAUAAUAGUUUAUCAUAUUUAACGAAUGAUAAUAACAUUCGCAACGAUAAAGACGAUCAAACUGCCUGGCUUGAAAACAUUUUAAAAUCAUCGCCAUUAUCAUCAUCCAUCGACAUAGAACAAAAUGAUGAUAAAUUUUGUGCACAGUUUUCCAGUGAACACAAUGUACAUGUGAAUGAUUUUUCUGAUAUAUAUUCCAGUGAUAAUCGUUUCUCAGAAGAGAAUACCAAUAUGUCUGAUCACAACAUGAACACGACCGAGUUUCACCAUUCGAAUCUACUUCAUGAAAUCAAUUUAAUAUCACCAGACAAUCAAGUACACGACUUUAAACUCGAUUCCGAUCGAGAAUUAAUUAAAAAGUCAAAAAAAAAAAAGUAUCAUAAUAAACUGCCUGACCAUGCCACAAAUUUAAUGUUGAAAUGGUGGAAUGAGCAUAUUUCUCAUCCUUAUCCUAAUGAUCACGAAAAAGAAUUCUUUUCAUUGAAUGGCCAAAUUACAGAUUUACAAGUUCGACAAUGGUUUGCUAAUCGACGUAGUCGCUUAGCAAAUAAAAAUAAAAAAAAUAAACAAUCAUUACCAUCACAAUUGUUAACCUUUCCACCAACAUCCUAUAGUGUUAAAUAUCCAACCGGCGAUUUAUAUUUGUUAAAAAACACUCAUUCAAAAGAUAAACAAAACCACAUAAAUAAUAAUGGAAUAAAAUAUUCAUCAGAAUUAACUAAACUACAUCAGCAACAACAAUUACUAUCACCAAUUCAUAUCCAUCACAUGCAACAAAAAUCAUCCAUCGAUAAUUGCUACACAGUUCAAAAUUUAUUACUUGAUAAAUCAUAUCAACCUAUUUGUAACUGUUAUGCAUUAAAUCAACAUCAACAUCAACAACAACAACAACAACGUUGUUUUGAUUUAUCUCCAAUUACGGCAAGACUACCAGACAUAUUAACGCGUAAUGAUUUGGAUUUUAAUCAAUAUGAACCGCCAGACUGUUAUCCAUAUCCAAAAACCAAUAAUAAUUAUUGUCCAAUACCAGCAACACCAAUCUCUCCAUCACCAACAUUCAAUAUAAAUAUAAACAAUGAAUCUCUUAAACAACUUAUUAUCGAAAACCUUACUAAAAUUUUAUGUGAAAAUAAUAUUUGUAAAAAUCAUGAGGUACAAUUGUGA